AAGAGAAGCAAUUCACUUUCUGGAUCUACGGACCGUCGGACCCCAACAUCAUUUCGGAUGAUUUUUAAGAUACUUCGUCAUUGAACAAAUAUAACUAGGAUUGCAAUUCGCAAAUGCCGAGUUGAAUUAAACGUUGGUGGCACAGUUCCAAGAUAUCCGAAUUGGGUAAUCUCAACGCUCAAAACCACCCUACUGCUCUACCUAUACAACCUACCCUGUUAUCUCACAACACCUCAUCUCAACGCCCUCCACAAACAACAGAGAACAAUGGACUACGUCGAAAAUAGAAUGGCCCAAGAGGCAGAGAAGGCUGCAAAGGCACCAUCCCCAGAAAUGUGCGUAUCUGUCCAAAUAGGCACCCCUCCAAAUUCAGUAACCCACCAAACUAACAUACCCCAAACAGACAAACCAUUGCCACACCACUAAACCUCAUAUUCCUCUCCCUCUUCAUCUACAUCCUCUACCGCUCCUUCCGCUCCACUCCAGCGCCUGACCUCGCACCCGCUCCUGCACCCGUUGUCUUCCGCCGAUUUACACCACCCACCCUCCUCCCCUACAACGGAACCAACAACCAGCCUGUCUACCUCGCUGUCCGCGGCAGGGUUUUUGAUGUCUCUCCUGGUCGCAACUUCUACGGUCCUGGCGGUCCAUACGAGAACUUUGCUGGAAGAGAUGCAAGUAGGGGACUUGCAUGUGGGAGUUUUGAUGAGGAGAUGUUGACCAAGGAUUUGCAAGCGCCGUUGGAUACCUUGGAGGGGCUUGGAGCUGAGGAGAUGGACGCGCUUAGGGGAUGGGAGGAGAGAUUUUCAGAGAAGUAUUUGGUGGUUGGGGAGUUGGUUGCUGUAGGUGAUGAAAAUAAGAAGAUUGAAAAAUAAGAUAGUUAGAUGUCUUUUAUAGUCAGGCUAGCUUGGGGGGUCAGCUAUGAAUUUUAUGGCAUACGAGGAGUUGAUUCAA